AGUGGCGGUGGCUGCAGGGGCGGCGGCGGCUUGGCCGAGUGUCCGCGGGUCGUGGGGGGAUGGGGGCUGCGAGCUCCAGCCCUCGGCGGCGGCGGCGACGGCCGUGAGUGUCGGGCCGGCGUCCGCGUCCGGGACGCGGGAUGGAGCGCUGCGGAUUUCAGUUUUUCUGACUGAUAUAUGAAAGGAUGAUUGCUCACAAACAGAAAAAGACAAAGAAAAAACAUGUUUUGUCAUCAGGCCAGCUCUCUACUGAUGUUACAACUUCUGAAAUGGGGCUCAAGUCUGUAAGUUCCAACUCCAUUUUUGACCCGGAUUACAUCAAGGAGUUGGUGAAUGAUAUCAGGAAGUUCUCCCAUAUGCUAUUGUAUUUGAAAGAAGCUAUUCUUUCAGACUGUUUUAAAGAAGUCAUUCAUAUACGUCUGGAUGAACUUCUCCGUGUUUUAAAGUCUGUAAUGAAUAAACAUCAGAACCUCAAUUCUGUUGAUCUUCAGAAUGCUGCAGAAAUGCUUACUGCAAAAGUAAAAGCUGUGAACUUCACAGAUGUUAAUGAAGAAAACAAAAACGACCUCUUCAGAGAAGUGUUUUCUUCCAUUGAAACCUUGGCCCUUACCUUUGGGAAUAUUCUGACAAACUUCCUUAUGGGAGAUGUAGGCAAUGAUUCAUUAUUUCGACUGCCUGUUUCUCGGGAAAGUAAGUCUUUUGAAAAUGUUUCUGUGGAAUCAGUGGACUCAUCCAAUGAAAAAGUAAAUUUUUCUCCUGCAGAACUAGACAGCAUGCUGUUAAAGAACACUGACUCUGUAGAACUGGCUUUGUCAUAUGCUAAAACAUGGUCAAAAUAUACCAAGAACAUAGUGUCAUGGGUUGAAAAAAAGCUUAACUUGGAAUUGGAGUCCUCUAGAAAUAUUGUUAAGUUGGCAGAGGCAACUAGAACUAACUUUGGACUACAGGAGUUUAUGCCACUGCAGUCUCUAUUUACCAAUGCUCUUCUUAAUGAUAUAGAGAGCAGUCACCUUUUACAGCAAACAAUUGCAGCUCUCCAAGCCAACAAAUUUGUGCAGCCUCUACUUGGGAGGAAAAAUGAAAUGGAAAAACAAAGGAAAGAAAUGAAAGAACUUUGGAAACAGGAACAAAAUAAAAUGCUUGAAACAGAAACUGCUCUUAAAAAGGCAAAAUUGUUAUGCAUACAACGUCAAGAUGAGUAUGAAAAAGCAAAAUCUUCCAUGUUUCGUGCAGAAGAGGAGCAUCAGUGUGCAAGCGGUGGAUUAGUGAAAAAUCUCAAUAAGCAGCUAGAAAAAAAGCGAAGGCUAGAAGAGGAGGCUCUUCAAAAAGUAGAAGAAGCAAAUGAACUCUAUAAAGUUUGUAUGACAAAUGUUGAAGAAAGACGAAAUGAUCUAGAAAAUACUAAGAGAGAUAUUUUGGCACAACUCCGGAAACUUGUUUUCCAGUGUGAUCUUACCCUUAAAGCUGUAACAGUUAACCUCUUCCAGAUGCAACAACUACAGGCUGCCUCCCUCGCAAACAAUUUACAGUCUCUCUGUGAUAGUGCCAAACUCUAUGACCCAGGCCAAGAGUAUAUUGAGUUUGUCAGGGCCACGAAUUCAACUGAAGAAGAAAAAGUUGAUGGGAAUGUAACUAAGCAAUUAACAAAUAGUUCCCACACUUCUGGAUAUGGACCUGCUGACUCUUUAGAGGACGUUGUGCGCCUUCCUGACAGUUCUAAUAAGAUCGACGAGGAUAGAUGCUCCAACAGUGUUGAUAUCACAGGUCCUCCUUUUACAAGGUCAUGGACAUUUGGGAUGUUCAGUGACUCGGAGAGCACUGGAGGAAGCAGUGAGUCUAGAUCUUUGGAUUCAGAAUCUAUAAGUCCAGGAGACUUUCAUCGAAAACUUCCACGAACUCCAUCCAGUGGAACCAUGUCUUCUGCAGAUGACCUAGACGAAAGAGAGCCACCUUCCCCUUCAGAAGCUGGACCCAAUUCACUUGGAACAUAUAAGAAAACAUUGAUGUCCAAGGCAGCUCUCACUCACAAGUUUCGCAAGUUGAGAUCCCCCACAAAAUGUAGGGAUUGUGAAAGCAUUGUAGUAUUCCAAGGUGUUGAAUGUGAAGAGUGUCUCCUUGUUUGUCACCGAAAGUGUUUGGAAAAUUUAGUCAUCAUUUGUGGUCAUCAAAAACUUUUGGGGAAAAUACACUUAUUUGGAGCAGAAUUCACACAAGUUGCAAAAAAGGAACCAGAUGGCAUCCCUUUUGUACUCAAAGUAUGUGCCUCAGAGAUUGAAAGUAGAGCCUUGUGUCUACAGGGAAUUUAUCGUGUAUGUGGAAACAAAAUAAAAACGGAAAAACUGUGUCAGGCUUUGGAAAAUGGAAUGCAGUUGGUAGACAUUUCAGAAUUUAGUGCACAUGACAUCUGUGACGUCUUGAAAUUAUACCUUCGACAGCUCCCAGAACCAUUUGUUUUAUUCCGAUUGUACAAGGAAUUUAUAGACCUUGCAAAAGAGAUCCAACAUGUAAAUGAAGAACAAGAGACAAAAAAGGAUAGCCUUGAGGACAAAAAAUGGCCAACUACAUGUAUAGAAAUCAACCGAAUUCUUCUAAAAAGCAAGGACCUUCUAAGACAGUUGCCAGUAUCAAAUUUUAACAGUCUUCAUUACCUCAUAGUACAUCUUAAACGGGUUGUAGAUCAUGCAGAAGAAAACAAGAUGAACUCCAAAAACUUGGGGUUGAUCUUUGGACCAAGUCUUAUUAGGCCAAGGCCCACAACUGCUCCUAUCACCAUCUCUUCUCUUGCUGAAUACUCAAAUCAAGCACGGUUGGUAGAGUUCCUCAUUGCUUAUUCCCAGAAGAUCUUUGAUGGAUCCCUACAGCCACAAGAUGUAGUUGUGUGUAGUACAGGUGGUGUUGCACCUCAAGUGAACCAAGGCUGUCUUCUGAAGCCUCUCUUAUCACCAGAAGAAAGAGACCCAGAACAUUUCAUGAAGUCACUAUUUUUCUCUUCAAAGGAAGACAUCCAUACUGCAGAUAAUGAAAACAAAAUUCUAGAAACAUCUGCAUCAAUUGAGGAAUCAGAACAAAAGCAGAAUGCAUUAGAAAAAUGUGAUGUGUGUCUCAUUGACAACAAAGUGUGUUUGCAUGUUGACCAAGAGCUUGAAUCAGCAUCACAAAAGACGGAAGAUGUUUGUAAAACCUCCAAGCCAUUUUCUCUAAAGUCCAAUAGGGAAACAAACAGUGUUGUUGAGAGGUAUACUCCAAGGACCAAGAUUAGACCUGUAAGUUUGCCUGUUGAGAGACAGCUUCUCCUUGCAAGCCCUCCUCAUGAGAGAAACGGCAGAAAUAUGGGAAAUGUAAAUUCAGACAAGCUUUGCAAGAAUUCUGCCUUUGAAGGAGUUAAUAGAAAAGACACCCCUCCCAUUUGUUUCAAAUUUGAUGGCUUUCACCAGCAAACUCUACAAAAAACAGGGGAGAAACAGUAUGAACAAAAAGACCUCAGUGCAAAGACUGCAAUGAUUGUGCCCAAUGCACUCCAAGAAGGAGUGAUGAGGAGCAUCAGGGCUGGUGGGGACCAUCCAGGCAAUGCCGCCCAGCCUAGUAAGCCAUCCGCUGAAACAGCAAGACAGGUGUUGGAGAGACAGUCCUCGGACUCCUGCCCUCCCGCUUUUGUCAGAGCCCCCAGAACACUGCAGCCCCAGCACUGGACAACCUUUUAUAAACCACAUGCUCCCACUGCCAGCGUGAGAGGGGUUGAGGAGAAACCUGCAGCAUCCUCCCCAGCAGUGUCUCCUGGUGUAGCUCACGCUCCUCGGGGCCAUAUGCUGAAAUCAGUUCCAGACUCAGAAAACACACCAGCUUGUCCCAUGCAGCCGACAAGUAAGCCUAAAGAGAACUCUCAGGAGCAUGACCUGCCCGGUGUGCACCCAACAUGUCAGAGGCCGAGGCUUAAACGAAUGCAACAAUUUGAAGACCUUGAAGAUGAAACCCCACAGUUUGUGUAGCAUUGUCUUUUUUAGUUGUUUUGUUUUGUGGUAUUGUGUUUGUUUUGUGAAAGUUUUUGACAGGGCCCCUUGUGUAUAGGAUUGCCAAAUUGUGGAUUUCGCUUUUUGUCAUUGUAUUGUGUUAUCCUGUGUUGGUUGUAUCGAAUGGUAGAAUGUUUUGAUAGGGCCACCUCUGUGUCUCACUGGAAUUAUCUGUAUUUUUUUGAAGUUUAGUUGAUUUUCCCCAUAAAAUGGUCCAUUUAAAUGCAUCCCUAAUAUAUGAUAUAGUUCCCAACUAAUAGCUGCAAUUGGGAAGAAUCAGCUUUAUUUUUUUGAAAUGAAACUAUGUGCUUAUUUAUAAAAGAAAUGUUUCUGAAUGCAAGUGCCUGAAAGCUCUUUGUUUAGUAUGAUUGUUUUUUUAAAACACAAUUUUAUAGUGCAUCUUUGACCAUUGUGCUUUUUACGUUAUGUAUGCGACCUUUUAUUUUUCAAUUGGCAAUUUACUUAACUUUUUAAUAUUUAUGUAAUGGCCAAAAGGCUUGCAAAUAUGCAUAUAAUUGCAUUUCAAUUAAUUGCCAUAUUUACAAGUGGUAGUUGAAUUGUACAGAGAAAAUGCACUUAAGCCAGUUCUAAAUUAUAUAGUGCAGUGAUGUCUUAUUUGGCUUUAGAUGGUUUUAAUACACUUAAUAAUUUUUUACCUUUUGGCUUUGUUUUGCAUAAAAUUUUGUUGUUCAACAUUCUGAACCUUUCGGUAUAUUAUAUAAUGGUCCAAAACAUGUUUUAAAAUUUAAUGCAUUUCCUCUUGAUAUUGUCUGGGUUUAAAAACACAAACAAACAUUUCUUUUGUAUGAAAUGUUCUUACUUAUGAAUAAUUUUAUGUACUUUUUCUACCUGGACUUAUAACAUUGACAAUGUAUGUUUCAUCUGAAUCGUGCAAAGAUUUAUUUAAGUUGAUUCUAAGUAUAGUUCAGUAAGCCUCAUUGUUUGGAAUUUGAGAGGAGGUGUAGAUGACUGGAUAUAUUUCAUAUAUAAAAUUCCGAGUUUUUAGAACUAGUGCAGUUCUGUUAUUUUCUGGGUUUCGUCAUUUUUCCUAAAAUAGGAUAUAAAAGGGACAAAAAAAUAAAAUAGCCUCUUUUUGUAUGUGUGAAUUCAAUUUGUAGUAUAUGCUUUUAUAUGACCAUAUUGUACAUGAUAAAAAUACAUAUAUAUUAACCUGUUAAAUUA